GUGUAAACAAUAUAUUACUAAACUUAAUGAUUCAAGAAAAAACAUAUUCUCCAGAGCUCUUACAUACAAACAUAUUAUUUUCUUGUUUACCAUUAAACAAACAUGGCCGUAAGUAAACGUUGCGGUCACCUCAUAAGUCUAUUGUUCUUGUUUUCUCUAGUUAACUUCCCUUUCAUAACCAUAUCCGAAACGCCAUGUCCGUACCCUUGUUACCCGCCUCCAAUAACCGGUAUUGGCUCCACUCAACCGGCCGGUUAUUAUCCUCAACCGACCAGUUACUACCCUCCCCCAUCGUCCGGUAAUUACCCUUCUCCGCCUUAUUAUGGGGGUAACUCCGGUGGCGGAUAUUACGGUUCUCCACCGCCGGAUCCUAUCUUGCCUUACUUCCCGUUCUACUACAGGAAACCUCCACAUCAAAUAGAUCAGUCAUCAUCUUCCUCGAAAUCAGCGGUCAAGAUCGUAACAAUGGCAAAUCUUCUUGCGGUACUUGUGUUUUUUUCUUGGUAACGUUUUUGUUUUAUGGGUUAAUUUUAACCUUCUUUUUAAAAAAUUGUAACUUUCUAUAGUUGAAACGUUUAAUUAACGUUAAGAGUAAAUAAUAUGCUCCAGUUUGUGUAA